CGGGCGGGAGGGAGGGAUCAUGGCGGCGCCGGGAGGAGCGCUGAGGGCGGCGAUGGCCGCGGUGCUGCUGCUGGGCUGGGGCGCGCACGGGCUCUACUUCCACAUCGGGGAGACCGAGAAGCGCUGCUUCAUCGAGGAGAUCCCCGACGAGACCAUGGUCAUCGGCAAUUACCGGACACAGCUGUGGGACAAACAGUCCGAGGCUUUCCUGCCCUCCACGCCCGGCCUGGGCAUGCACGUGGAGGUCAAGGACCCCGACGGAAAGGUGGUGCUGUCGCGGCAGUACGGCUCCGAGGGUCGCUUCACGUUCACGUCGCACACGCCGGGCGAGCACCAGAUCUGCCUGCACUCCAACUCCACCCGCAUGGCGCUGUUCGCCGGCGGCAAGCUGCGGGUGCACCUGGACAUCCAGGUGGGCGAGCACACCAACAACUACCCCGAGAUCGCCGCCAAGGACAAGCUGACGGAGCUGCAGCUCCGCGCGCGCCAGCUGCUCGACCAGGUGGAGCAGAUCCAGAAGGAGCAGAACUACCAGCGGUACCGCGAGGAGCGGUUCCGCAUGACGAGCGAGAGCACCAACCAGCGCGUGCUCUGGUGGUCCAUCGCCCAGACCGUCAUCCUCAUCCUCACCGGCCUCUGGCAGAUGCGGCACCUCAAGAGCUUCUUCGAGGCCAAGAAACUCGUCUAGCCCCCCAAAACCCCCUCGGGGGCACCCCCAAAUCCAUUCCCACCUGUGGGGGUGCCCCAAAAUCCAGCCCAACCCUUCAGAACAACCCAAAAUCCACCCCAAACCCCCAAAAACAACCCAAAACUCAUCCCAACCCCCCCAAAUGUCACCCCAAAAUCCAUUCGGACCUGGGGGGUGCCCCAAAAGUCAUCCCAACCCCAAAAAACACCCCGAAACUCAUCCCAACCCCCAAAAGUCACCCCAAAAUCUAUUCCAAGCUGGAGGGUACCCCCCAAAAUCCACCCCAACCCCCCAAAACUCACCCUCAGCCCUGGGGGGGAUCCCCAAAAUCCAUCCCACCCACUUUGGGGUGCUGUGGGGGGACCCCCAAAGCCAUUCCCCCCAUUUUGGGGUUUUUGGGGAGGGUCGUCCCCCCCCCUGCAGAUUUUGGGGUUCUGGGGAGGGUCCCCCUUCCCCCCCUGCAGAUUUUGGGGUGCCCCUCCUGCCAUGGGGUGGUUUUUUUGGGGGGUUGAAAUAAAGGUUUUUUUAUUCCA